AUGGUCGGGCCCCCUCCGGAGUGUGUGUCCAAUCCAGUUCCACUUACGGCGCUUGAUCUGCUGGUCGAUCGGGAUUUCGUGGCAACGUUCUCGGAGGUUCUCAUUCGAGAUGGUCCCGGGCCAGUAAAUACCGAGAAUUCGACGAAGACAUCAGUUAACGAAGACUUGAAGCUGGUUGGAAAUGCCCUUUUGUCCCUAAGUAAAAAACCCGCGAAAUCGCCAGUGUUCUUACUAAGCGUUGCAACAGGUGGAUGUUUUGGCGUUUUAACUGUAUUUUUAAUAGUACAAGGAAGUUGUGUAUUUAUUUGGAGCCUUCUGCAUAUUAAAAUCAUUUAUUGUGGCCCUCUUAAAGACUGGCCAAGUGGCUUGGCCAUCGAAGUUCCUUUACGGAAAAAAUUUUUUAGGAGGACGACACCGAGUCCCGAACCCGCACGUUCAAGAACUCCCAUACUAGUACAGCAUGAUGAAAUACUAUCUGCAGCUGAAACAUUAGCAGCGCUGAGUUCAGCCCCGCCAUCGCCUGGUUUAGACCAAGGAGCCAUAUCCCAUAUAUUAUCGGCAGCUGAAACAUUAGCAGCUCUGAGUUCAAAUCCGCCGUCGCCUCUUUUAGACAAAGAAGCCAGCUGGCCCUCGUUGCCCCGUGAUUUUGAAUUGUUUGAUACUGCAGUUGCAUCACGAGUCGUUUCACCUGCACUUUCAUUAGUUUCAAACGCACCUUCUCCAAUAGUAAAUAUUGAAGUCGACACGGUUCAGACAUCUGCCCUUAGAACAGUGCGCCUUCCCAAACGCAGAGAGGAAUCUCCUUCCUAUCAAUCUCCUGCAGUUUGUCGUGGCCCUCCUCGUCCAUUAAAGGACUCAGAAAUAGAAAAUGUCCUUUUCUAUGGCAAGUACCUACUUUAAUAAUCGCUCAUUUCACGUUUAGAUAAAUAGCUUUGAGUUUGUUAUAAUGAGCUGACAUUAUAUCCUUUGUCUGGCAGGAAGCGAGGAAGAUGAUAGUGAUGACGAAGAGACUGAGGAGCUGGCGCCUGUUAUUGUGCCAAGGGUGGCUCGAAUUUACCUUCCGGACGAAGAAGACGAAAGUCCCAGUCAGGCUCAAGCAGAUUUGCGUUGGCCACCAAUCCGGCCCGUCCAACCAGCCCAGCAAGAAGCUGCGAUUCCAAUUGAAGCUCCUACUGAAACUCCGACUGAAAUCUCACUUUUUUUGCCUUCAACAGAUGCGAUACAAAUGGAGCCUAUUAAUAAAUUUGAUUUUAAAUGGAGACAGAUGCCAAACCCUCAGAUUCCACCACAAUUGAGGAGGGAGCAUUUUAUACAAAAUAAAGGGCCAACUCGGGCAUAUGUCGAUCCAUAUGAUGCAUUUGUUGCUAUUUGGGAUCGCCCAAUUAUGGAGCAUAUUGUUAGAGAAACAAAUAA